AUGACUUCACCACAACACAAUCUGAAUUCACAAGAACUUCAACCAUACGGGGGCGAUGAUGUCUUCGAUGAAUUUCUCGACCUAGAUUUCUUGAGAAACAACAAUGCAAUGGAAGAAGAAGUCGACAUUGACGCAAUGUCGAAUUCUGACUUGUUUAGAUAUUUUUUGGAAGGUGAACUAGCUAAAGAUUCUUCGAAUUCAGCAGCGGCCACCACUGCAGCAGCAACAGUAGUAGAAAUUGAACAACAAACUGCUGCUACUUCUUUUCCGACUCCUAUGCAAGAUGUGACCGAAGACUUUGCGUUGUUGCCAAGUCCAGCAAUGUCGCCUGAAGAUUUAAAACUAAAUGUGUUGACGACACCCACACCAUUGACUCCUGUCUCACCGUUUGCCGACAUACAUGAAAUUACACAACAAACACCAACGCAGCAAACUAUAACUAAUACAGCUGCUGUUGCACCAUCUUUGGCUGUAUUAAAUGCACAGUUGGCCGAGUUGUUGGCCAAAUUGCCUCUAAUAAAACAGGAGUCGAUAAAUGAUAAUAACAAUAAAUCAAUUACUCAAAAUCCUCCGUCAUCAACCUCAAAAUCGCUUACGGAAUUACAAAUUUCUAAAACUGGAUCCAAUUCACAUAGUGGCGGUAGUAGUAUCGCAUCGCCAAGCUCACCACCACCUACACACAAUAUUAGUAACCACCACAGCAGCACUUUGACAGAAACAAGAAGCGAUGUCGAUCUUAAAAAAUUGACAUCGAAAGAAAGAAGACAACUUCGUAAUAAGAUUUCUGCAAGAAAUUUCCGUGUUCGAAGAAAAGGUGAUAAUUAUUCUUUUUCUACUAAUCAACAACAAGAAGAAGAAAUCAAUCUACUUAGACAAGCUCUUGCCCAUCUACAAGAUGAGAACACAAAACUACAAGGUGAAGUAAAAGAACUACGCAAACAACAGAAAAGACCAUCAAAUACACCGUUUGCUGCAUCGUCACCUCAUCUUACAUCAAAAGAUGUCAACAAUGGGGUAAACUUGGCCCUCCUUAAUAAUAAUGUUAGCAAUAACAAUCGAUCAUCAUCCUCAUCGUCACCUUCAAAUAAUAACCGUCUUCUUGUUAUCCCGAAUGUCAACAAGGACACACCAUCAUCGCCAUCUCAAUCACAGCAGAAAUGGAAAGAUUCACGAGUCAGAGUCCAGACGACAUUUAUUCCGGAAUUUAGUCUUGACAAACAGCUGUUUAUGGAUAAAUCACAGAAUUAUUCCAAUUAUUUUGGAUAUCACCCAUCAUCCACGCCUUCAAUGACGCUUGACGGUGAACAUGAACAGAUGAAGUGGAUAGCUUAUUUAUUAUUCUCAACACUCGCACAACAACUAUCAUCCUUAUUCAUACAAGCUCUCUGUACAAUACCACGAAAUGAAUUGAUUGCUGGUUUAUUCCCGCAUAAUAAUGAUAGCAACAACAAUAAUCAUGUUGAAUCAUCAUCUACGAUAAAUACUAUCAGUGAAAUGGAACCAGACAUCAUACCUAGUUUGACGAUGAUUCGGAACCAGGACGAAGAAAAAUUCUUAAUUUCGAGAAUCGAGCAAGAAAAUGAUGAUAUCGAGGCAUCGUCAUCAUCAUCUUUACUUGAUAAUAACUUAUUAGUUGAAGACGCCAAAGAAGCAUCUGUCCUUGAUUGGCUUUACGAUACGAUGGUGCGACAUGUUGUGGAACAAAGUCAAGUCGAGGCGAGAAUGCACGAAUUACAAAGCGAUUGGGUGGGCGAUGAGUUGGAAGAUAAUGUCUUACCUUUACUCUUUUAA